GGAGAAGAGGGGGAGGAGGGGGGAGAGAGAAGGAAGGAGAGAGAGAGAUCCUAGGGCCAAAAGCCAAACUCCGGCGUUAGCACCAAUCCAGAUGUAGACGAGGAAAAGAGUAGGAGCCGCGCCAGGCAGCCAGGUCUAGAUCGAUUGUAGCUCGACUCUUGGACGGAGGCGUCCUCUCUCUGUGUUUGGGCUGCCAAAGAGAAGAGAGGUGGGAGGAGGAGGGGAAAGGUGGAUGGGGAGGCUGCAGGGGACGCCUCCCCCUCCUCCGCCUUGAGCUCGCCUCCUGCCUCUUCCCUUUCCGCGAACUCUUCCCUCGGGUGGGCUUCCCCGAUGCCUCCCGGGCGGGCUUGAUCCUCGGGGCUUUAGAGCCUCCUCUUCGCCCUCCUCCUCGUCCUCGUCCUCGUCCUGGGCUCGGGAUGCUUCUCCCGCUCCUCCUCGUCCGCGCGGCGUGGCUGCUGGGCUGCUGGUGCGGCUCGUGCCGGGGCUACUUCGACGGGCCGCUCUACCCGGAGAUGUCCAACGGGACGCUGCACCACUACUUCGUGCCGGACGGCGACUACGAAGAGAACGACGACCCGGAGAAGUGCCAGCUGCUCUUCCGGGUGAGCGACCGGCUGCGCUGCGCGGGGCUGGAGUCCGGGGCGGCGCGAGGCCCCUCCGCAAGCCUGCCCGUGCCCGCCGCCCCGGCGCUGACGCUGCGCGAGGAGUUCACGCUGCUGGGCCGGCAGGCGGAGGACGCGGCGCGCGUGCUGGAGGGCCUGCGCAAGAGCAUCUCCUACGACCUGGACGGCGAGGAGAGCUACGGCAAGUACCUGCGGCGGGAGUCGGCCCAGAUCGGCGAGGCCUACGCCAACUCGGACAAGUCCCUGGGCGAGCUGGAGCACAAGUUCCGGCAGGGCCAGGAGCAGGAGCGCGAGGGCGGCGGGGCGCGCCCCGGGGAGGACUUCCUGGCCAAGGUGGCCACCGCGCGGGCCCUGCUCGCCGAGACGCUGGCCCUCUCCGCCGGCCUCCGAGACAAGUACGAGCUGCUCGCCCUCGCCGUCCGCAGCCACGGCGCCCGGCUCAGCCGACUCCGCGGGCAGCACCUCCAAGGGUGAGGAACAGCCUCCAAGGAGACGCACGCCUCAUGCGCUUCGAAGCCGGCUUCAAACCGCCGCCGCCGGGCUGCAGAUUCUUCCCUCCUGCGCUUCUGUGCUCUGCCGUUUGUGUCAUCGCCAUCCGGGCCUCCGGGAGAUUCCAUGUCAUCACCUGCACAGCCAAACCCACCCUGGACCUUCCACAGAUAUAUAAACCCCAUUUUCCCAGUUUCCAACAGACCUCACAACCUCUGAGGAUGCCUGCCAUAGAUGCAGGAGAAACGUCAGGAGAGAAUGCUUCGGGAACAUGGUCAUAAAACUUACAGCAAACCCAGUCUUCUGUACCAGUUUAAAACUUCUAAGUGGGUGGCCAAGGAAAGUGGUCAUGGAAAGGGCCAAUCUGCUAGGUGCACUCUGUCCUAUCUAUCAUCACCAUCUGGGCCUCCAACCGAUUCCAUGUCAUCAUCUGCACAGCCAAACCGCUUGUCUUCCCUAUUGUUAAGUGGGUGGCCAAGGAAAGGGGCAAUUUUCCUUCCACCUUCACCCCAAGCAGACCCCAAUUCACCCUUUGGUCAGCCAAGCAGAUGCUCGCCUCUGCUGCCUGCACAGGUGGACCAUCAGGCAGCCAGUUGAACACCCUCAACUUGUUCCUGCUCCUUGAUUCCUUCUCAUUUAGGCUGUAUCCCAGGCAUGUGCCAACUCGGGCCCUCGGGCCCCUCCCUUUCCCCCCUCAGCCACUUAAGUGAGGAGGAGCAGGAGGAGGAGAAGGCACUUAGCUUAAGCAGCUGAGGGGGGAAAGGAAGGGGCCUGAGGCUGUUAGGAGUGGUGGGAGUUGAAGCCCAAAACACCUGUAGAGUCCAAGUUUGUCCAUGCCUGCUGAAUCCACACCACAGAAUUGAUACCACAUGAAGAGCCAUGGCUGGGGUCUGUAGUUUUUGUGAGGUGUGUCUCCAUCUCUGGUUGC